UUCUUUACUUAAAUAUUUAUUUAUUCUUUCUUACUAUGUUUAUAGUAAGUUGUAAUAUUCUAAAGCCAAUGCCAGUACUUCAUCUUAAUUCGUUUAAUUUAAUAUUAGAUACCAAUAAAUUACUUUUUGUUUUAAACAUGUGCUAUUUCUAUUUAUUUAAAAGAAAGUGUGUUUUCUCGAACUUGUUUCUUACAAAUGUAUUUGUGCAACUCUUAUUCCCAUUCGAUUCACACUGAAACUAAAUUUGUAUGUAGAGGCUAUAAGAAUUGUUGUUAUAGAGAUUUAUCCAUAUUCUAACUUUAUGAAAUUAUUAACAUUAAACAACCUUAAGCGAAAUAAAACUGACUCAUUUCAAUAAGAAGAACAGCAGAACAAAUAAAAACUAGAAACCACGUGAUUAAUAUUUGCUUUUUGUGUCCUAGCUGGGUACCAGACCUAAAAUUCUAGCGCAAAAUCUUAGUGACGGGAGAUAACUCAUGUAUCGCAUCGGUAUUUUCCGUGAGCACAAGGUGUGAGGAUACAAUGCUACGCGGCGAUUUAAUCCAAGUUUAUAUCAGCAACAUCAUUCUGGUCAAGUCAAGUCAAGUCGUUCUGCAGAGAAGAAUAUAAUAAUGGACGACCAAAUUACUACAGUCAGAAGGGCCAUUUAUGACCGGAUCAUUAAUGUGGCUAACAAUCUUGAAAACGACAGACUGGGCAAUUAUGAGGUUGAAUUAGAUAGCAUUCUGACUUAUCUAACACAAGUGUCAUAUCAUGAAGAUGUAAAUCAUGUAAUACAACUCUGCCUGAAUGCCUUAGAAUUGCUGAUGAAUGUAAAUGACAUCAAUACCGCCAGCUCAUCGCAAUUACCUGUUGAACAGUUGAUAACUAUCAGUCCAGGUGGAAGGGGCAGACCAUUCAUUCAUAUUUCAGUUGAAGUUCUUGAAUUCUUCAUAGAAAAUGGAUUCACAAUAAAGAAUAUGUCUUCAUUGCUGUCAGUAAGUGAAAAAACAAUAAAAAAUCGAAUGAGUGAAUUUGGACUUUCAGUACGCCAAACAUACACUAAAUUAAGUGAUGAGGAAUUAAUGGCAUUUGUAAGGAGAAAGAUAAAUGAAUUCCCUUCUAUUGGGUACCGGAGUAUGAGGGGUCAUCUAUGGGCAGAUGGAAUAAAAGUGACAGAAACACGUGUCCGCAGCAUCAUGAAAGCUGUGGACCCUCUUGGUGUUCUUGUGAGAAACGCUCUGUGUUCAACAUACAGAAUAAGACGCAGGGCCUAUUCUGUACGAGUCCCAAAAGCCUUAUGGCAUGUGGAUUCAAACCACAAGCUGAUACGGUGGCGAUUUAUAUUUCAUGGAGGCAUUGAUGGAUAUUCUCGACUGCCGGUGUACAUUAUGGUGGCAUCAGACAACACCGCAGAGACUGCAUACACUGCAUUUCGGUCUGGAACAGACAAGUACGGUAUUCCGGAGAGAGUAAGAACAGAUAAAGGGAUGGAGAAUAUAAGGAUAGCCGAGUUCAUGUUAGAGUUAGAGAAACAUGGUUUGAAUUCCGGAUCACACAUCACUGGUAGAAGUGUACAUAAUCAAAGGAUUGAACGGUUUUGGCGCGAGCUAUGGGAUGGCUGCACCAAAACAUACUAUGAGUUCUUCUCAAGGAUGGAAGAUGACGGACUACUGGAUGUUGACAACGAAGUUCAUCUUCUGGUGUUGCAUGUUGUAUUCUUGAGGAGAAUGCAAUCAUCUAUUGAUCAGUUUGUUGAUGCAGUUUCCAGACGUCCACUGCGAACUGAACACAACAGAACACCACUGCAGCUGUGGAUAUCUGGGCAGCUUGAAGACAGAAACCACCAUGAGAAUUUAUCUGCUGAAGAUCUUGAACUCUAUGGAGUUGAUUUUGACUGCAAUGAACCAGUGUGUGACAAUCCUGAUAUUGUGGUGCAUCCCCUGUUGGAGCUAAAUCCAGAUCUCAUAACUGACAUCAGAAGAAUGGCUGACAGAACUAUUGAAUCACCAUUUGAAGUUCAGACAUUCAUAGACAUUUUAACAUAUCUUUCCAACUCCAUUCAAUGACUUGUUAUGCUCCCCGAGAAGUUUCUGGGAAGCAUGUAGGCCCUGCGUUGUCACGUUUGCACGUGUCUGAAACUCAUGUAAGGACCAUAACUUCAUUGUAAACUGUUUUUGAAAUUACUAUGUACAACUGUUCACCGUGAUGAGAUGAUGCGUCUUGUGAUAGACCCAGCUCUUUAGUCCAAAGGUCAUACUUAGAGGUCAAAUGCUAAAAAGAAAAUUUAUUCAUCAGGUCCAGUUCACAACAGUCGAGGGCUUAGUGCAAUACUGUUCCAACUGCCUUCUUUAUUCAUAUACAGUUAGAACAGUAUUGCGUUAUUUGUAAAGGGAUUAUGAAACAACUUGGCACAAAUGUUUACCAUGAUGAGACGAUUAUACAUGGAGGUCAAACACUAUAAAUGUGGUUUAUUGUUCGUGUCUGGUUCAUAAUUUCACUUUUAUGCCCCCGGCAUAUAGCAGUUGCAUUGUCCGGAACGUCUGUCUCACUUUCUUCUCCGCCAUAACUUCUCAAUUCCUUGAUGAAAUUGCUUGCACAAUUAUUUACCUUUACAAGAUGAUGUGUCGUGUGAAGACUCAAGUUUGUACCUCCAAGGUCAAGGUAAAAUUUUAGGUCAAAGCGGAAUGUUGCAGGGACAUCCAUGUCACUAACACAUCUUGUUUGUAAUGGGAAUUUGAAAUAACUUGGCACAAGAGUUUUUCGUGAUGAUUUGUUGCGUAAUAAACCCAGGUCCAUAGACCCAAGGUCAAACUCAUCUGCCUAUAUACACUUAUCUUUAAGACAAAGCGCAAACUCGAGAAGCAUCCACUGGCUAUUCCAACUCUUGUUUUUCAGUAUACAUGUAUGUUAUUUAUAUUAGGACAUAACACAAGCAUGCACAUAGCAGUUGAUGUUUAAAUAUGCCAAUAUUAAUCUGAUGUAAUGUAUUAGGUGUUCCCUGUAUCAAUUUGCUGCACAAGCAUAUCUUGAUACAACUUAUUUAAGCUACAUUGAUGAAACUCGAAAUGUUAAUAAAUGGCCAUGUAUGCAUUA